CGGCGGCGGCGGAGGCGGGGCCGGGCCGGGCGCAGGAUCUGUCCGGGCGGCGCGGGGCCGGGCAGGGCGCAGCAUGGGGGCCCCGGGGCUGGACCGGCACCGGCUGGCGCUGCUGGCGGCCAAGGAGGACGUGGGCAACCCGCGGGCGGCCACCAACUGGGCCGUUUUCGCCUACGAGAAGCACCAUGACCUCAAGCUGCUGGACUCCGGAGCCGGGGGCGCGGACGAGCUGGCCGCCAAGUUCUGCGCCAGCAGCGUCAUGUACGGGCUGUGCCGCCUCCGGGACCCCAACACCGGCACCCCCCGCAUCGUCCUCAUCAGCUGGGUCGGGGAGAAGACGCCCGAGUCCCAGCGGCAGGCGUGCGCCGGGCACCUGCCGGCCAUCAGAGCCUUCUUCAGGGAGGCCAGCGUGGUGCUGAGCGCCCGGCGCGCCGAGGAGGUGACCCAGGAGGGGCUGAGCCGCGCUCUGGCCCAGCUGGCCCCCGCCGCGGCCCCCCCGGCCAGGAGGGCCCCCCCGGCCGACACCGAGGAGCUGGUGGGCACCAACUACCGCAAGACGAACCCGGCGCUGGAGAUCCGCCGGACGCAGCGGGACUCCUUCUGGGCGCAGGCCGAGCGCGAAGAGGAGCAGCGCAAGGAGGAGGAGCGGCGGCGGCUGCUGGAGGAGCGGCGGCGCUGGGAACGGGAGCGGAUGGAGGAGGAGAGGCGCGAGGCGGCCGAGCGCGAGCAGCGCUUCAGGGAGAAGGAGCGGCUGAUCGAGGAGCACCGGAAGGAGCAGGCGCGGCUGGAGGCGGAGGAGCGGAGGAAGGAGAAAGCCCGCUGGGAGCAGCAGCAGCGGGAGCACGAGGAGGCGAUGCGGGAGCGCUCCCGGCGCUCCGAGUCCAUCGAGAAGGCGGCCGAGGCGGCCGUGCUGGUGUCCCAGCGCCCGCAGAACCCCCGGGAUUUCUUCCGGCAGCGGGAGCGCGCGGGGUCCACCUCCGGGGCUCCGCUGCCCGCCGGCCCCGGGGGCGCCCGGCCCGGAGCCCGGCGGCCGUUCCUGCGGUACCAGCGCAGCCUGACCGAGUCAGCCUUCAUCUUCCGCCGGCCGGAGCCCCCGCCCUCACCCUCGCCCCUCGACCCCGGGGCUUUCAGGGCGGCGCCCCCCACCAGCCCACGCCGCCCCCCGCCGCCGCUCCCCGCCAGCCCCGCGGGGACGGGGCCCCCCCCUCGCUGUGCCGCCGCGGGGGCUCUCAGCCCAGCCGGGGCAGGGCCCCCCCCGACCCUGCCGGGGUCCCCGCCCCCCGCCAGCCCCCCCGGGUCGGGGCCCCCCGACGGCACCCGUGGGGCAGAGCCCGAGCCCCCCCGCGGCACUCCCGGGCUGGGCUCCCCCAGCAGCCCCGGCGGGGGGCUGCUGCUCCCGAGCCCUCCCUGGCAGCCCCCCCCGGGGCCGGCUGCGCUGUCCCCCACCGGCAGCGCGGGGGCUGAGGCUCUGCCUCUGCCCAGCCCCCCCAGCACCCCCUUGGAUGAGGAGGGCCCCCCCCGGGCACCCCUCCCCUCCCCAGCCCCCCGGCUUGGGGGUCUCCAGGGCUGCCGGUGGGGCCGGGCGAGGGGGCCCCGAGCCCCCGGGGGGGGUCUCCUCCCCCUGGGUUGGUGCCUGCCCCGGUGCCCCCGCGUGGCCCCAGCCCCCCCAGCCCGCUGCAGGAUCCGGCCCUCCCCAGCCUGGCAGCCCAGGAGCCACAGCAAGGGACCAUCAGGGAACCCGAGCAGGAGCCAGCCCGGAGCGACUCGGGGCACAACGGCAUCGGGGACCUCGGGCACGGGGGGUGGCCAGCCCCCUGGGAGCAGGACCCCCCGGUGCAGGGGGAUGAGCCCAGCGACACCAUCCUGCCGGAGCCGCUGCACAAAGCCAAGCCAGGCUUCGCCCUGCUGCUGGCCCGCGAUGCCCCCCACCAGCAGCUGCCUGCCGGCAGCAGCCCCCCAGCUGAGGACGAGGACCUCUCCCCCCAUGCUGUGUAGUGGGGGGGACAGCAGCACGCCCCCCCCCCCCAGCACCACCUACUGUGCUCCCCAGCACCCCCCCAGCCAGGGCUGCCCCCAGCCCCCCAUGCAUUGGCUGCCCCACACCUCGCCCCACUGCCCCACGCUUGGUGUGGUGCCUGCAGCCCCCCAGCCCCCCCCCAGCACCACCUCUUGCACUGGGGCCGCUGGCCCCCUUCCCCCCCCACCCCCCCAUACAGCAGCUUUGGGAAGCAGCCACACACCCACAGCCCUGACCCACCUGUGCAGCACAGGGCUGGGGGGGGACAGGGGUCCCCAGCUUGGGGGGCACAGGGCAGGCAGCAGGACCCUGCCCCCCCGCGACCCCCAGCCCCCCCAGUGAGACGCAGUGGCUGUUAAAUAAAU